UAUCCCUAAAAUCAAUUCCGAAAAUAGGACAGUUAACUGAAUAUGUUUAUCGUUUUGAAUAUACCACUUUGCGGCAGUGAACUUAUUUAUUCCAAUUUCUAUCAUCUCCUAAAAAUACUCCUUCCCGUUUGUAUACACAGUGAUGCAUUUUGUAUAAUUCACUUGAUGCAAAGAAUUUACAUUAAUUACUGUAUAUUAGCAAAGCAAUAUCCCAUUGUGGUGUAAUUACAAUCGUGUUCUAUGUCAUUUGUUGCAAUAGUGUACAAUGAUGGUUGAAAAUGAUUUCAAUUAAUAAUUUCCUCAAAUGUUGAAGGCAUAUUAUGAACUCGAAAGAACACUAGGAAACUUUCAAUCGUAUUUAAAGUAAGGCUUUAUUAUGGUGGUAACGUAGCCAGAAUCUCUGAAGGUUUCUUCUUACUUUGUAUAUCAUCAUGGAGCUAAACAAUGUGGGAAGCAACAAGAACUCAAUAUAUAUGGCAAUAUCGCUUAAAAAAUUAUGUAUAGCAACAGUGUCUUUGCCACUUGUUACUUUGUUAGUCUGUUUCAUUACGGGAUAUAUCUUCCAGCAGGAUGACAUUCAUGAAACGCACUGUAGGGUCUAUAAUGUACUUCCAUCGAUAUCAGCCAUUACUGGUAUUUCUCCGCAGAGAUAUUUGUGGCGUGUAACUAUUGCAUUACACAUUGGUCCUCGCCUAAUUAUUGCUAGCGUUUACUACUCCUAUUAUUAUAAUAUACUCAAAGCAAUCGACGAUGUAACUUUGAAGAUUAAAGGAAGCAGACUUUUAAAUUUAUGUUAUUGGCUCAGCAUAGCAGAAGUGGCAACCUUGUGUGGUGUUACAUACAUCUCCAACAGAGAAAAUUAUUCGGUUCAUGAAAAAAUCUUCAUUGGCUUUAUGAUUAGUUCCUUGACAUAUAUGUUAACAGCGGUAAGGCUGAGUCGCCUUAUAACACCGAAUGCACCAAGUCUUCAGUAUAAACAGGCACUUUUUGUAACAAGUCUUAUUAGUACUAUUGGACUUAUUGUGUUUUUCUUAAAACACAGACUGCUCUGCCAUGAUUUGGCAUUUAGUUGGUUUUCCUUGUGCGAAUAUGUGAUUGCCUCUGCAAACAUGGGUUUUCAUGUUACCGUAGUUCUAGACUUUCCCAAGGAACAGCUGGUUGUUGGGAAUGGUUUACCAACCUUAAAGGUGGAAUAACUCCUUAUGAUAUUUUAUAUUUAUCAUUAUCCUAUUAUUGUCAUCAAAGUGCCUACUGCCACUGUCUGGAAGUGCUAUUGCCAAGAGUUAAAAGUAUGUAUGUCAUAUUAUAUAAUGCUGAGUAUCCACUGGUAAAUACUGUUGAAAACUUUUUAACAAAACAUCUUUCUAUGCAAACAGGUUUAAAAUAGUUCGUACCAAACAUUUUAUAUGUACAGUGGUUUCGAUGAUAAACAGUGUGCUUAUAUCCAAUAUAAGCUGAAAGUAAAAAUUUCACAUAACUAUCGCUUCUAAAUUUCUCUUAUUUUCCAAAUAAAUAUAGACAUUGCAAAGAAUCUAAUUACUUGAUUUGAUAAAGGACAAGUUAUGUUUAUUAAUUUCUUCACUAUUGUCAGAUAAUCAGUUUGCGAUGACUGUCAUUGCUAUUCUAAAUUCUUGAGAAAAGUCUCUUUCGUUCAUUUAUGGUAAAUGUCAAUUAUUCUGAUUAUUUAUGCACUAUGUCCAGGCGAUGUUAGAGCAUGCAUCAAUAUAAUGUAUAUCGAAUUUUUAAUAAUUGAUUAUGCUCCCCAUACAGGAGUCUUUCUUCCAUAAUUUUUAAUUUUUUUUACCGUCGUUUUUCUUUUUAUUAUCUACUGAAUAUAUACGUUUAUUUUAAAAUUUCGAAAUUUAUUGUACUGGUAAGAAUAACAUGAUACAGAAAUUAUUUUUUUCGCAACGAUCUUAAAUCUCGCUCAUCUUUCCUACAAUGGUUAUAAUCAAAAGAUAUUGAAAUUUGGAUGCUACAUUUAUAUACACAUGCAACAAAUAUUUCUUACAUCCAACUAUCUAACCGAAACGACAAAAUGUCGACAAGUGUUCAAAAAUUUUUUACAUAUUGAGUGGAUACACAGAAGAAUGAUGCACAAAACAAAAAUUUCUCCGAUUGACUCAUGUUUACUUUAACAAAAACAAACAAAAAAAGUGAAAAAAAAGAGAAAGAGAAAAACCAGUUUGACUAUAUGGUACACUCUAAAUAGCUUUUUUUUUUGACAACAUAAAUUCUGAUGUUGUUUAUUUUGAACUAAAACACAAAAUAGGUAUCUUCCAGUUAUUUUCGAAAUAAUCGACAAUGGCACAAUUAAAAUGCUAAAGCAAAGAAUCUAGCGCUUCCAAAGUAUGGCAUUGGUAUCUUCCCAGGCAAUGAAAUCUUUAAUGGCCUUUUAGGUAGUGGAAACUUGUAGCGAUACUAGAGAAAUAUGUAUCCUACAUCCGAACAAUAUAAAAUAUUACAGAGUCAAAAGAAACGAAAAGAAUUAGGAUGUCUGAUUUCUGUAUAUAGUUUUUGUUUUUGAAAAAGUAAGUGCGAGCAAUGGUAAUAAAAGGGAAAGAGAAGGUCACGGCGAAAGCUGUUUUACAAAAAUAAUUUUAAAGUUGCUUCUGUAGAGGUUUUCCGUAAAGUGAGAAUUCUAGUCAAUAAUAUAUUCUAGUCGUCGUGUUUUGAUUUAUUUGUUUAAAAAUAUUGUUACAUGACAUCAUGAAUUCUAAUGCAUUGUUAGUAUGUAGGAUGCAUUUACAUUGGCAUGACUUUCAUGUUUUAUGAGGGUACAUGCUUUACGUAUGAAAUAAGUGUACGCAAUUUUAAUUUAAGGUACUGUAGUAAUAUUGUCUAACAUUGUACAGCUGUAUAUCAUCAAUAUACAUAUUUCAUUGUGUAUAAGUAAUACAACACGAUUCGUACAGUGUGUAAAACAUAAAACAAUCGAACUAUAACAGAUUGUUCUGAACAAAGGUAACUCGUCCGAUGGAACGAAUCGUUACAGUAUUAUGUUGUGGAUGUGAAAAUUAAUGCUUAUGUUUCUAUUUAAUGUACGACUUGUGAGUGCAGCGACGAUAACUAUCGAAACUAUAAUUGGCGUACGUAUGGUAACAACGUUAAUAGAGAAAGAACAUAUAACAUAUGAAAUCAAUAUUUAUCUUGUAUUAUACAAUGUAUUCCUGACCAAAGCUCAAAUAACGUCCAAAAUUGUACAACAACAUUGUGGAAUUCGAAUAAUUGUUCGCAUAAAAUUUUACAUUUGAAAACCAGUAUACUUUGUCAAAGUUUCCAUGCUUCACUUUGAGCAUUGAACACAACAAUAUGAAACUGAAUGGAACGCAAUGAAACGCAGUGAAAUGGAAUGAAACGAAAAGAAACGAAACGAAAUAAAUAUGUGAUAAAACACAUUGCUUUAGACGACCGAA